AUGCCUCCCAAGCGAAUCUACGUCGAGAAGGCCUCCCGCCGGGCUCCCAAGGGCGUCCUCGCCUCCACUUAUGACGCUCUUACCUCCUCCGAGAACGCCGCUUUUGUCCGCAGCAUUGCCAUCUUUGGUGUGAGUUUUGGUUUCCUUCGCUGGAAGAUGCGAAGCGACGAGAACUCCUGGGGCGAGAUCCUCCUGCCUCCUCAGUAA